UGGUUGUGAGGAGAGCAGCCGAGGCGGUGCUUGUGUUUGACAGGAGGGGUGUCCUCACUCACUCUCUGCCCCGCACUGCUUCACUGCCUCCACUCUGACGGACCCGCCGCCUCCUCCAUUUGAAGUUUUUGCUUUGCUCCUCGCCCGACAGCAGGCUCGAACACGGCGGUAGUUGUGCGGCAGCCGCGCCGAGCUCCAGACGGAACGACGGAUCGUCGACAGAAAAGGCAGGCAGUUAGUGCAGAAGCAGGCAUGUCCGCCCCCACAAACCCAGAGGUGAAGGAACUGAACCCCGUCGACUUCAUCCAGCUACAGCAGUACAUCGAAUAUUGCAGCUUGAAGGUGAAAGAUGUGCUGCGGGAGUUCGAUAAAGACGGCAGGCUGGCCCAGCACAGGCAUGGAGAGUGCAUAAAUGAGGAAGGUUUUCGUCAGUUCCUGAAGACAUAUUUAGAAGUGGAUUUCCCUCCUGAUCUCUGCCAGCGGCUCUUCCGGUCCUUCCAGAACUCUAAACCCACCCAGGAAGACGGCACUAAGGAGGUCUUCCUCAAGGAUGUUUCAUGUUACUUCUCUCUCCUGGAGGAUGGCCAGCCCAGGGAUAAACUAGAAUUUGCUUUCAGGCUCUAUGACCGAGAUGGUAAUGGAGUACUUGACAGCUCUGAAGUUGAUCGGAUUAUUGCUCAGAUGAUGCAUGCUGCAGAAUAUCUCGACUGGGACGUGUCAGAGCUCAAACCUGUUCUGAAGGACAUGAUGACAGCGAUUGAUGCUGACAGCAGCGGCACCGUGUCUCUGGAGGAGUGGGUAGAAGGAGGCAUGAACAACGUUCCCUUGCUCGUCCUGCUGGGUUUAAAGAUGACCCAAAAGGAUGGACAGCAUCUCUGGAGGUUGAAGAACUUUAAAUCGCCCGUGUACUGCAACGUGUGUCAGAGCAUGCUGCUGGGUUUGAGGAAACAAGGCCUGUGCUGCACCUGUUGUAAGUACACAGUCCAUGGGCGUUGUGCGAACAAGAACCCGGCUCCCUGUAGCAGGACAUAUGUCAAGUCAAAGAAAGAAACCGGGGUUCCAACGCAUGACUGGGUGAGUGGGAGCUGUGAUUCAAGGAAGUGUGACCGAUGCCAAAAGAAGAUCAAGAGCUACCAAGGCUUAACAGGCAAACGCUGUGUGUGGUGCCACACAAUGGAGAGACCAAACAAUGUGAAGAAUGGCUGCUCAGGGUCAGCUGAUGACAGUGACAUCAAUAUUACUCCGGAUGGACAAGUGCUUCAGAUCAGCCCUGUGCCAAACACCCAUCCUCUGUUAGUGUUUGUCAAUCCUAAAAGUGGUGGGAAACAGGGAGAAAGAGUCCUGCGCAAGUUUCAGUAUUUGCUGAAUCCAAGGCAGGUUUACAACCUGUCAAAUGGUGGCCCUGGACCAGGGCUGAGUUUCUUCAGAAACCUGCAGGACUACAGAAUCCUGGUAUGCGGUGGAGACGGUACAGUCGGCUGGAUUCUAGAUGCAAUAGACAAAGCCAAUCUUCAGACACAGCCACCCGUUGCUGUGCUUCCUCUGGGCACAGGAAAUGACCUUGCACGAUGUCUGCGUUGGGGUGGAGGGUAUGAUGGUGAAGAUUUAGGUCGUAUUCUUAAAGACAUCGAGGGCAGCUGUGAGGUGCAGAUGGACCGCUGGAAUGUGCAGGUUAUACCAGAUGAGAUACAGGAGAAGGGGGAUCCUGUCCCUUAUGAAAUCAUCAACAACUACUUCUCAAUUGGAGUUGAUGCCUCUAUUGCUCACCGGUUUCACACAAUGCGAGAAAAACACCCUCAGAAAUUUAACAGCAGAAUGAAGAACAAGUUGUGGUAUUUUGAAUUUGCCACUUCAGAAACCAUAUCUGCUUCCUGCAAGAAACUGAACGAAAGCAUAACAAUAGAGUGCUGUGGCACUUCUUUGGACCUCAGUGGCCUCUCUAUGGAAGGAGUUGCUGUGCUCAACAUUCCCAGCAUGCAUGGCGGCUCCAACCUUUGGGGUGAAACCAAAAGAGUGGAUACUAAGGGUCAGGACGAGCCUGAGGUUAUCGUCAACCCAGAGGUCCUGAAAAUUACUUCUCAAGACCUCAGUGAUCGUCGACUGGAGGUGGUUGGCCUUGAAGGAGCCAUGGAAAUGGGACAGAUUUACACCGGCCUCAAAAGUGCUGUGCGACUUGCAAAAACUUCACAGAUCACUAUUAGGACAAAGAAAGCAUUACCGAUGCAGAUAGAUGGAGAGCCGUGGAUGCAGCCCCCCUGCACGAUUCACAUCACACACAAGAACCAAGCCUGUAUGUUGAUGGCUCCACAAUCCAAAUCCUCGUGCUUCUUCAAAUAAACCCCAYCGACUAAAUGCAUGUGUUACUGUAUGCAGACGACUAACACUUCUAAAACAUAGGAUCAGUGGGCCACAUGCAAGAACAUGUUCGUAUUCUUAUUCUAAAUUUCUCUUACUUUUGUUCUCUUACUCCGCCCCUCCCGACCAUCACAAGUGUCAGAUGUAGUUCUGAAAAGACGCAUUUUAAAAUGUCUCUAAACUUCAAUUAAUGCCUAAUUUACGUUGGUUUUU